UUUGAUUAAUCAAUUGACUUUACAUUAUUUCAGUUAAAAGAAAAUUUACUUGCUCUUAAAAGAGGAAUUAGCAAGCCUCACAUAUCAUCUGCUACGUCAAACGAUGAUCAAAAAAACAUGCCUGGAUCUAACCUGUUUGAAUUCAAUAACCAGGAGGAAGAAAGCCCUUGCCGUCAGACUAUUCCAACUUCAUCAAUUACCAGUGAGCCGUUGGAGUGUGAAAAUAUUCUUCCGUACAGAAUGUGUGGACAUCCUUGUAACAUAUGUCUACAAAGUGAAUAUCUCAAGCCCUCACAAUUUGCUUCUGAUCAUAGUUACUGUACAAACACUAGAACAAUUGGAACAAUGACAGAAGUUACAGACAACAGUACAGGAAGUUUUAAUGGUAAAAUUUUAACUUCUACUCCGAUCAAAAAGAUCUCCCCUUAUCUUGAUGAAGAAGAAGAAGUACCGGUAAGUUUAUUUAUGGAUGACUCUGUCACAGGAUCGAACUUUGAUGACAGUCAUGACAGCAGAGAUCCUACUUUUGUUAUUGAUGAGGAUGAAAGUUUUGAUGCAGAAAAUGUUGAUGAUCACAAUGAUGAUAAUUGUGAUGAAUCAUCAUCACUCAUACAAACCAAAAAGUUUAUUGUGUUUGAAAAUUGUUUGGAUGAUAUUCUGAAUUGUUUGAUAUGCAAUAUUUGUAAAUGUCAUGUAGACCCUUCAGAUACCAUCAAAGAAUACUGUGGUUCAAUGUUGAAAGUGUCAGUAUUUUGCACUGGCGGUCAUUUAGUCAAAAAAUGGUUAUCUCAGCCACUGUUAGGGAAAAUGCCCGUAGCCAACUUGCUUGUAUGUGCAGCAACCCUUUUUGCAGGUCAAACAUAUGCACAUAUCUCUCAGUUUGCAAAAUUUAUGAAUCUUCAAUUUGUAAGCAAAACAACAUUUCAAACUGCACAACGAGAAAUUGUAAUGCCAGUGGUUGAUCAUUCUUGGACUGUUAUGCAAGACCACAUUUUCUAG